GACAAGGCCGUAUUUGUUUUUCAGAACGUCAAGUGGUACAUACACUACAUUGUAGGUCCUAAACUAACAAUAUGACUAACUUCUCGAAGCCUGUUGUUGUUAUUGACAAUGGAAGCUUUAAUCUUAAGGCUGGGUUUGCUUGCGACAAUCACCCUGUGUGCAUCUUUAGAAAUACAGUGGGGAGGCCGAAGUACCUCCAAGGAACCUAUGGCAAGACUCCUUACGAGGUGUACGUAGGAGAUGCGGCAGUACAAAGGAUUGAUGACUUGGACUUGAAUUAUCCUGUGUAUAGGGGGAAGAUUGUCCACUGGGAUAACAUGGAGAGGGUGUGGCACCAUGUGUUUUACAGAGAGUUGAAGGCAGCUCCCGAAGACCGAGCUGUGCUGCUGUCGUGUGCUCCAACAACCACUAUGAAAGACAAAGUUAAAUGCUGCGAGAUUUUCUUCGAGUCUCUAAAUUCCCCGGGUUUGUGCGUGAAGCCACAGAGCGUGUUGUCACUAUUCGGCUCAGGAUGCGCUACAGGCAUGUCGGUAGACUUGGGCCACGACAUCACGGGAAUUAAUCCAGUAUAUGAAGGAGGUUCCAUCGAGUACGCCAAUAUGGAAACCAACAUGUCAGCUCAUCAUCUGAGUGAAUAUAUAAAGGAGAGCCUUCUGCAAAAAGAUUUAAACCUCGCCGCGGACAUUGACAAAGUGGUUGAGGAGUUGAGGACCAAAUAUGUGUAUGUGACCAAAAACUGCGCUGUGACGAGACAGCAGUACAUGAAGACGUACAAGCUGCCGAGCGGCGAAGAAGUGGACGUCAGCGAAGAGGUGUUCAUGGCUGGAGAGUUAUACUUCCAACCAGAGUUGGUGUUAAACAAGAAGGUGAACUGUCUGUCUUUACCAGACGCCAUUUUGACUUCGAGCCUGAAAUGUGAUUCUGAUCUACAACCUGAGCUUUUUGACGCUAUCGUUGUACAUGGGGGUAUGACCGUACCAGGUCUUUGCAAGCGGUUGUCUCUGGAACUUAAAUUAUUACUGAAUAGGCCUGUGAACAUUAUAGAAAGUUCUGAGGCAUAUGGAGUGGCUUGGAUGGGGGGUGCAGUGUUUGCAGGAUCAAGGGAAUCGCAAAGAGUAUGGGUCACUCAGAAACAGUUCGAAGAACAUGGAGAGAGGAUUGUAAGGAAUAGGUUCUGAACUAGGUCUAGUCAUUGCUUGUACAGAUGUUUGCCUUAGGAAAUCAUUUGAAGUAUGUUAAAGGACUCCCAGUUCUGAGCAUCAAUCAUUUGUUUUUAUAAUUUGUUUUUAUUGGACUCUUUGAUUUUAUAUUGCUAGCACAUUUAUUUUGUCAUUAUUUUUCUUAGCAUAAAGUAACUGUUUUUUAACAUUUUGAUUUAUAAAUCAAUCAAUUGAUAUAGUCACUAUAACAUAUGGGUACUAAGGAGGGAUCCCAAAAAAAUUAAAUAUAUAUUUGAUUAUAUUUUGAUGUUUUUAAUGAUUGCCUAAAAUCAACGAAAAAAUGACUGUUUACAACAUAUUUUUAUUGUUAUUUUUUUUUUUACUUUUGUAUUCUUAUGAAUUUUGAUAUAUAGUAUUUUUUUACUUACUUACUUAGAAAGUUUGUAAUUUUUUAUUUUGUAUAUUUUUGCGUUUUUUUUAAUUCUUUUCACAUGUUUAUUUUUUAUGUCUUUUAUUUAUAAUUAAGGUUUUUGAGCAGAAUGUUUGAACGACUUUUGUACAUUACAUUUUCUAACUAAUAACUUAGGACUUGUCUUAUGUGCUACAGCAUUUCCUAUACGCUUUGCUUUUCAAGGACAGCACGUGCCUACUUGUAUUUAAGUUAUAAUAGCUUUGUUACUUGUGAACAAUAUGCAUUACCACCUAUUGCAGCCACAUGUAGUUGCGUAAAUAAACACAUAUGUUUGAAAUUCUUUCUUUUAUUUUGUUAACUUAAUUUUUGUAAAGUGUAAAGAUUUAAUAGAAAAGUAAAAUUUCAAAUCUAUCGUGUAGAGUUUUGGUGUUCGAUUUAUGAUAUAAGUUAAGACUGUAGGCUUGAAUAAUAAAAUGCCUGUUUUUUUUUU